AUGUCGCCCAAUCAUGGAGACACCGAUGAGGGGGAUGAGGACGAUUACAUGUCAAUGGUGAUCGAAGAGCCGACGCAUAAGGAAACUUUCACCCAACGAAAGCGUCGGGAACAACGUGAAGCAGAAGCCCGCGGAAAAGUCCCCUCCAAAGCCGAACGAGCCGCCGAAGAAGCAGCGCGCCGCGAAGAAGCCCUAUCAAAAAGCACCCUCGAACCAACGAACAAGGGCUUCAAAAUGAUGGCGAAGCUAGGCUUCAAGCCGGGCCAAUCCCUUGGCAAACGCGACGAGGCAGGUGACGCGAACAAAGAAGACGACAAGCACCCCAAGAACGCAGCCACCACCGAACCCCUGAAUCUUAUUUUCAAGGAAAACCGCGGCGGCAUCGGCAUGGACGAGCAAAAGAAGCGCAAGAUCCGCGACUAUCGCGAUCGGGUCCGCGAGGAGCGGGAAUUGAAGCGUACAGAGGCGCAAGUACGAGCGGCGCAGAAAGUUGCUGAGAGGCUGGAUACCGAGGAAGAGAACGGCACUAGUGCUGGUGCUACUGCUGCACCUGCAUCGCAGAACUCAGACACACAGACGCAGCCCAAGGCAAACGACCAGGAUGAUGGUGUGACUGGUGCUGAUGACCCGGACGCUAAAACCAACGCCAAUGCCGAUCCGCCAAGCACGGAGCCCAAAAUACAAAAGCACAAACCAACCGCCCAGAUCAAUGUCUUAUAUCGCGGUCUCGUGCGCGAGCGCGAGAACCACGAGCGCGACAAACAAGCCCGUCACGCGCUACACACCUCACUCCCCUCAUCAUUCUUCCCAAAACAGCGCCUCCCCACCUUUGACGCAUCGGAACUGGAGCGAGAGGACGGACAGGCCCUUGGCACCCGACUCGGACUCGAUUUCGAGCCUUACACCGCGGCCGUGGAGCAGGAACUUGAAGAGGAAGAUCCUGAACUUGAGGCUUUCAAUGAGCUUCCCCCUUCGGAGCGACUGCAUAAGUUGGUGCUCUAUCUGCGGGAAACGUACCGGUAUUGCUUUUGGUGUAAGUAUCGGUAUGAGCGCGAUGAUGAGUUGGAGGGCUGUCCUGGUCUGACGGAGGAGGAUCACGAUUAA